CUACUCGGCUCCUCCCCACAAUUCCGAUUCCCAGUUUCACACUGUGCAAAGCAGGGAGCUUGAGCUCGAGCUGUGCUCCCAACUCUGCCGCCCCACAACCCGAAGUUCAAACCCUAAAGCCCCCGGGCUCCAAUGUCGAGGCCAGCGGCGUCCGCCGCGGCCGCGGCGCUGCUGGUGAUUCUCGCGUGCGCGUCGGCGAAGACGACGAUCGAGCCGUGCGCGGGCGCGGACACCUGCGCGGCGCUGCUGGGCUACACGCUCUACGCCGACAUGAAGGUCUCCGAGGUGGCCGCGCUCUUCGGCGCGGACCCGGCGGGACUGCUCGCCGCCAACGCGCUCGACUUCGCCUCCCCCGGCUCCUCCAACCGCAUCCUCCCCGCGGGGCUCGCGCUCCGGGUCCCCACCCGCUGCGCCUGCUCCGACGGCGUCCGCAGGUCCGUCUCCGUGCGCUACGCCGCGCGCCCCGCGGACACGCUCGCGUCCGUCGCCGACGUCGUCUUCUCCGGGCUCGCCUCCGCCGACCAGAUCCGCAACGCCAACGGGCUCGCCGAGGAGGACCCGGACGCGCAGCUCGACCCAGGCCAGAUGCUCGUCAUCCCCUUCCCCUGCAUCUGCUUCAACUCGACCGACAACAACCUCCCCGCCGUGUACCUCUCCUAUGUCGCGCGGGUCGGGGACACCGUGGAAUCCAUCGCCGCCAGCCACGCCACCACCGUUACGGAUCUCAGCAAUGUGAACGCCAUGGGAAGCCCCGUUGUGGCACCGGGCGACAUCCUUGCGAUUCCAUUGCCUGCUUGUGCAUCAACAUUUCCUAACUCUGCUUCGGAUUAUGGAUUGCUUGUGGCAAAUGGGACCUAUGCAUUAACUGCUGGCAACUGUGUGGAAUGCAGUUGUGGGCCAGGGGAUCUCAAUUUGUACUGCACUCCAGCUUCAUUAACAGCAACAUGUUCAAGUAUGCAGUGCCCCAAUAGCAACCUAAUGCUUGGUAAUGUGACUGCCCAAUCCACCACCAGUGGCUGCAGUGUCUCCUCUUGCAACUAUGCUGGCUUAGUUAACGGAAGCAUUGCCACAUCGCUAUCGUCGGGACUUCAACCUACAUGCCCUGGACCACACCAAUUUCCUCCACUCACAGGGCUGCCUACUGCAUCAAGCCACGAGUCAUAUCUUCCUCCAUCGCCUUCGCCAGAACCUGCGGAGGCAGGUGGUGCAGUUCCUGGCUCAUCCCCUGGAGGGUCCAACACUUCUCCGGCUGGAGGCCUCUCGAGAUCUCUUUUGGUGCAUCAAAUGCCCCUUGUUCUUUCUCUUGUUUUGUACUUGCAUAUGUGAAUUUCCUUGUAGAAUAUUACUGGAUGUAUUUGUAUUGAACGUGGGGCCUGAUUUGGGCCAGGUGGAAACUUAGCGGCAAGAUUUCUAACUCCUCA